GUGAGGCAAUCUGUGGUGUUUGACUAGUUUGGUGUAGUGGCAUACAUCAGUUGUUGAAGAGAUACCACACUAGAUAGUAGCAGCCUACAUUUAUUUAUGCUGAUCCUGGCUGUGAGUAAGAGACUGAGUUAGUUGGCCUGCUGUUACAUACACUCUCAAAUAUCCCCAGUUGGCUGGCAGACUGGCAAGAGGAGCAGCAGUGGGUCUCCCUCCUCUGAUCAGCCCAUGUACAACACAGGAUGAUGCGCUGAGGAAUCUCCAGUGUCGGGGAAUUCACCUGGAUAGCUGUGGAUUAUUUCUCUAGUGCUGGAUACAAACAUAUGAGGUUGUGGUUGUGGUGACCCUCCGCCAUGACUGAGAUUGAGAACUAUAACAGCAAUGGGGUCCGGUGGGAUCCCGGACAGAUGGAGGAAGAAUUUGAUGCUGGCAACAACUCCUCCAAGCUUUUUGAGCGUUCCAGAAUCAAGGCUUUAGCAGACGAAAGAGAAUCUGUGCAGAAAAAGACUUUCCAGAAAUGGGUGAAUUCUCAUCUUAUUCGCUUCGGAUGUCGAAUCUCCGACCUAUAUAUAGACUUAAGAGAUGGAAAGAUGUUAAUGAAACUGUUGGAAAUCUUGUCUGGAGAACGUCUUCCUCGACCAACAAAAGGAAAGAUGAGGAUUCACUGUUUAGAGAAUGUGGAUAAAGCUCUACAGUUUUUACACGAACAGAAAGUCCAUCUUGAAAAUAUGGGUGCCCACGACAUUGUGGAUGGAAGCUCUAGACUGACUCUAGGUUUGAUUUGGACAAUCAUCCUCAGAUUCCAGAUCCAAGAUAUUACGGUAGAAGAAACAGACAAUAGUGAAACUAAAUCAGCUAAGGACGCUCUGCUGCUAUGGUGCCAGAUGAAGACUGCGGGAUACCCUAACGUAAAUGUACGAAACUUCACAACCAGUUGGAGGGACGGCCUGGCCUUCAACGCCAUCAUCCACAAACACAGACCUGACCUCAUCAAGUAUGAAAAGUUGCAGAAAUCUAACGCUCUCCACAACCUGGACAAUGCGUUUGAAGUUGCUGAGGAAAAGCUGGGACUUGCCAGACUUUUGGACCCAGAAGACAUCAAUGUUGAGUUCCCUGAUGAGAAGUCAAUUAUUACUUAUGUUGUUACCUAUUACCACUACUUCUCCAAAAUGAAGGCGGAAUCUGUCCAGGGCAAGAGGAUCGGCAAGGUAAUUGAUAACGCCCUUGACUCUGACAGACUAGUAAACGACUACGAGACCUUCACAUCAGAUCUUCUUGAAUGGAUCGAACAAACCAUUGUGAUCCUGAAUGACAGACAGUUUGCUAACUCACUCACAGGGGUCCAGCAACAACUAUCUGCCUUCAACACGUACAGAACUAGGGAGAAACCAAAAAAAUUCGAUGAAAAAGGAAACCUGGAAAUUUUACUGUUCACACUUCAAAGUAAAAUGAGAGCUAACAACCAAAGGCCAUACCUUCCAAGGGAGGGCAAGCUCAUCUCCGACAUCAACAAACAGUGGGACCGUCUGGAAAAGGCAGAACACGAGAGGGAACUGGCCCUCCGAGAAGAGCUGAUCAGACAGGAGAAGCUUGACCAGCUUGCGGCCAGAUUUGACCGUAAGGCGGGCAUGCGUGAGACCUGGCUGAGUGAGAACCAACGCCUCGUCUCUCAGGACAACUUCGGUUUCGACUUGGCUGCUGUGGAGGCUGCCACCAAGAAACAUGAGGCCAUUGAGACAGACAUCAACGCCUAUGAGGAGCGUGUCCAGGCAGUCGUCUCUGUGGCCGUUGAACUGGAACAGGAGAACUACCACGACAUCGACAGAAUCCUUGCUAGAAAGAACAAUGUUCUCCGUCUAUGGAACUACUUACUAGAACUGCUGCGAGCACGUCGUAUGAGGCUGGAAUUGUCUCUCAACCUCCAGAGAAUCUUCCAAGAAAUGUUGUACAUCCUAGACUGGACCGAGGAAAUCAAGGCACGUCUGAUGUCAGAGGACUACGGCAAGCACCUGAUGAGUGUGGAGGACCUCUUACAGAAACACAGCCUGCUAGAGGCCGACAUCCACGUCCUGGGAGAGAGGGUCAAGACCGUCAACACACAGGCCGACAGAUUUGUCAAGGGAGACGUCUCCGAGGCAGGAGGAUACAAACCUUGCGAGCCAGAGGUCAUUGAGGAGCGCAUGAAGACACUGGAAAAUUCCUAUUCUGAGCUGCUGAACCUUGCAGCUGAACGUCGUGCAAGACUGGAGGAGUCGCGACGACUGUGGCAGUUCUACUGGGACAUGGCUGACGAGGAGAGCUGGAUUAAAGAGAAGGAACAACUCAUGUCCUCACCAGAGCUCGGUCACGACCUCACCAGUGUUCAUCUGCUGCUUAACAAACAGAAGGCCAUGGAAGAUGAGAUGACAGCUAGACACACCCACUUACAGUCCGUUCUCCAGGUCGGCAAUGAUCUCAUCACUGCGGGCAAUUUCGGGGCUGAUAGAAUACAAGAACGUAUUGAUGAGAUCAACCAGCAGUGGGAGACACUGAUUGACCUGGCCGCCUACCGCAAGAAGAGGCUCAACGAGGCCGUAGACUACUACCAGUUCUUUGCUGAUGCUGAUGAUGUGGAUGCCUGGAUGUUGGAUACUCUUCGUCUGGUGUCCAGUGAGGAUGUCGGCAAAGAUGAGGCCAGUGUCCAGUCUCUCAUCAAGAAACACAAAGAAGUAACUGAUGAGCUGAAGAACUACGAGAGCACCAUCGCCGCUCUGCACGAACAGGCAGCCAACCUGGGAGAGCAAGAUCGUGAAUCUCCUGAUGUACAGAACAGACUUGGAAGCAUCGACAGACGUUACCAGGAACUGCUGGAGCUGGCCAAACUCCGAAAACAGCGACUCCUGGACGCCCUGUCCCUCUACAAGCUGGUUAACGAGGCUGAUGGUGUCGACACCUGGAUCGAUGAGAAGGAGAAAUUCUUGACCACAAUUAUCAUCACAGAUGAUAUCGAGGAAUUAGCGAUUAUGAAGCACCGUUUCGACAGUUUCGAGCAUGAGAUGAAUGCUAAUGCCUCCAAGGUGGCUGUGGUUAACCAACUGGCACGUCAACUUCUCCAAAUAGAGCAUCCCAACGCCUCCGAAGUUAUCGCCAGACAGAACCAGCUCAACGGAGAAUGGAACAAUCUCCGUGAUCUUGUGGACCAAAAGAGAGAAGAAAUCAACCUUGCACAUGGACUCCAGAACUUCCAUAUUGAGUGCAAUGAAACUAUCAGCUGGAUUCAUGAGAAGGCUAAGGUUAUAGAAUCCACUGAUGAGCUGGGUAACGACUUGUCUGGUGUGAUGACACUCCAGAGGAGGCUCAGCGGAAUGGAGAGAGACCUCGCCGCCAUCCAGGCCAAGUUGGAAUCUCUCCAAAACGAGGCUGAGAAAUUACAGGAUGACAAGCCGGAUGAGGCAGCAGCCAUCCGUGAGAAGAUUGCUGAGAUCAACAAUGUCUGGAUGGAUCUCAAGGACAUGUUGAAAGAUAGAGAUGAGAAACUAGGAGAGGCAGGAGAGCUCCAGCGUUUCCUCGGCAACCUUGACCACUUCCAGCAGUGGCUGUCGAGGACACAGACAACGGUGGCCUCCGAGGACAUUCCCAACAGUCUCGCUGAUGCAGAGAAGCUGCUCAACCAGCACCAGCAGCUCAAAGACGAGAUAGACGCAUACGCACCCGAGUAUGCCAAGAUGAAGGAGUUCGGAGACAAGGUCACAGAGGGCCAGGAGGAUCCACAGUACAUGUUCCUCAGACAGAGACUGCAGGCCUUGGACAAUGGCUGGGAAGAGCUUUUGCAAAUGUGGGAAAACCGUCAACACCUACUCUCACAGAGUCUCAACUUACAGAUGUAUUUAAGAGAUGCCAAGCAAGCUGAAGUGUUACUGAACCAACAAGAAAACUUCUUAUCCAAGGAAGAAGUGCCGAAUACCCUGGAGGUUGCUGAAAACCUUAUCAAAGCCCAUGAGGCAUUCAUCACCACAACGGAUGCGAAUGACGAGAAGAUCAAUGCGGUUUUACAGUUCGCUAAUCGUCUGAUUGAAGACAACCACUAUGCUGCUGAUAAAAUCCACAAAAAGGCUGAAAACAUCAAUGAGAGACGUGACGUGAAUCGCCAGCGUGUCUAUGAACAGUUGGAGCGUCUCAAAGACCAGCUUCUGUUACAACAGUUCCUACAGGAAUGUGACGAGCUGAGAGACUGGCUUCAUGACAAAAUGGCUGCUGCUCAGGAUGAGACGUACAGAGAUGCCAAAAACCUGCACAGUAAAUACCUUCGUCACCAGGCCUUUGAGCGUGAGAUUGCCGCCAACAAGGAGCGACUUCAACACCUCAUGGAGUCUGGGGAGACAUUGCUGAAGGAAAAGCCAGAGACACGGGAGCAGAUUGAACCGAUUCUGGCCAGUCUGUCUGAGCAGUGGGACGAGCUGGAAACCACCACCAAGUCCAAGGCCGAGCGUCUGUUUGACACCAAUAGGGCGGUCCUUUACCAACAGAGCUGUGACGAUAUUGACGGCUGGAUCAACCAGCUCGAGACCCAGAUCAUCUCCGAGGAGAGUGCCAAGGAUCUCACCACCGUCAACCUUCUCAUGCAGAAACAGGGUCAACUUGAAACUCAGAUGAAGAUGAAAGAACAGCAAGUUACAGAGUUGGACGAGCAAGCCGUCAUCUUACGCCGCGUAGAUCCUAAGCAGGAAGCUGUCAUUGAAGCCAGGAAGGCUGCCGUGGCAGAAAGGUUCGCCCACAUUCAACAACCACUGGUGAAGCGAAGAAACGAGCUGGAGAAGGUUAAACGCAUUCAUCAAUUCAUCCGGGACGUUGAGGAUGAAAAACUCUGGAUAGAUGAGAAAAUGCCUAUCGCAAUGUCCAACAAUUUCGGAAACAGUCUUCUUAGCAAUCAACUGUUGACAAAGAAAAAUCAGCCACCAACAAACCGAGGCAGUGGACGCCAUUUUUCUCUACAAACGGAGAUAGAGAACCAUGAACCAAGGAUUAUGUCGGUGGUAGAUGUGGGACAGACGCUGAUUGCGGAGGAACACCCACAGUCUGAGGAGUUUAGGGCACUCAUUGAUGAUCUUCUCAAGCGCUGGAAAGAUCUCAAUGAUGCAGUGGAGAAACGGAAGGACAGGCUGAAUCUCUCCGACAUUGCACAACAGUACUACUAUGACGCGUCGGAGGCUGAGGCAUGGAUGAGUGAACAAGAACUAUACAUGAUGGGAGACGAGCGCGCCAAGGAUGAGAUUGGUGCUCAGAACUUCAUGAAGAAACACCAGGCGCUGGAGAAUGCUGUAGAGGACUACGCUGACAUGGUCCGACAACUGGGCGAGAGGAGCAGAAACCUCAUAGAAACCGAACAUCCUGAAAGCGACCAGAUAGCUGUACGGCAGUCCCAGGUUGACAAGUUAUAUGCUGGUCUUAAAGACUUAUCACAUGAGAGGAAGAGCAAGUUGGAAGAGGUUCUCAAGCUGUACGUGUUACAGAGGGAGAUUGACGAUAUCAUGCAAUGGAUCGCUGAACGAGAACUGGUGGCUGGCUCACAUGAACUCGGACAAGAUUAUGAACAUGUGUCUAUGCUGAAGGAGAGAUUUAAGGAAUUCGCUCGUGAUACAGAAAGCAUAGGAACAGAAAGGGUGUCAGCAGCCAAUGAAAAUUGUGAUCAGUUAAUAGCUGCAGAACAUUCUGAUGCAGCCGCUAUUGCGGAAUGGAAGGACAAUUUGAAUGAAGCGUGGAAUGACUUAUUAGAACUUAUUGAUACAAGAACACAAAUGCUUCAAGCUUCUUGGGAACUUCAUAAAUUUUACUCUGAAUGUAAAGACACCCUUGAAAGAAUUUUGGAAAAACAAAACCAUAUUCCAGAGGAACUUGGAAGAGACGCUCAAAGUGUUGCAGCCUUACAAAGAAAACACGCCAACUUUGAAAAUGAUCUUGUCACACUUGGUUCAAAUGUACAAAUGGUGCAAGAAGAGUCUGUAAAAUUACAGGCAGGGUACGCUGGGGACCGCUCACUGGAGAUCCAGAACAGAGAACGUGAGGUCGUCGAAGCGUGGAAGAACCUCCAUUUCAAAGUACAGUCCCGUAAGACGGACCUUGCGGAUGCUAGCGACCUGUACCGAUUCCUAAUGAUGGUGCGAGAUCUUUUGCAAUGGAUGGUUGAUAUUAACAGACAAAUGAAAACACAAGAAAAGCCAAGGUAGGUGAUCAAUGAGAACUGGAAUCCCUGCAG